UAUACGCUUUAUUUUUCAAAAACUAAAAUCGGAAGUGUUAUUAUCGUACAAGUACACAUAUUACAAGUAUAUUUUAUUAUUAAUUAACUUUGAAGGACACUAACCAUCAUGUUGGACAAAAUGGUACUAUUCUUUGUUAUAUUGCAGCUUUUUGUAGGUGUUUUGGAUGCCUAUAGGGACUGUACUUACUACAGCUAUGGAUAUAAUGAGGUCGGAAGUUACUGUUCAUACUAUAGCAAUUCCUACUAUCGCCGUGUGUACAUAGUAUCAGCUCCAAUUAUAGUGGUAAUAGUCCUUGGGGCCCUUGUUGGACUUGGCAUAUUCAUUGCAAUACUGGUGUUUGUAUGCUGCAGACGUGGUCGUCGAACAACAGGCGUGAUUGUAAGCGGAAAUUCCGCUCAGCCUACAACAGGUUAUAUCUAUCCAACCAAUCCAAACACUGGUGCUGUGUCAUAUCCUGGCGGUAAUCAACCUGCUACUGGGUACUACGGUGGAAAUCCUGUUCCUACUGGAUAUCAUGCUGGAAAUGCUGCUCCUACUGGGUACCAUGGUGGAAACGCUGUUCCUACUGGAUACAAUGCUGACAAUGCUGCUCCUACUGGAUACCAUGGUGGAAAUGCUGCACCAGCUGGGAACUAUGGAGACAACAAACCAAUAAAUACUGGACCAAAACCACCUGCAUACAACAGUGCAGUUCCAUCAUGAAACAAGACGAUACUGUUCCAUUAUAGACUUCAUUAGAUAUAUAAACUUAAUAAGGAAACAUAUUUCCUUUGACUAUAACCUUACACGCGCAUAUAUGUAAUUCACAUAUAAGUGUAAAUGUACAUCACAACAACUUGAUUUUUUUUUUUUUUUUUCAGAAAUAUUUUUAUUACCAAGAUAUUUACCUCUUACCUCUUAUCCAAACGAUAUUAAAAAAAAAAUUCUGUAAAUCAUCUGUGUGUGCAUAUUAAGUUAGACAAUCAAACAAACUAUAUGAUUUGGUAAAAUAUUGGAUACCUGGCCAUCAGUUCCACUGUAUAAAAAUCCAUAUUUCGAUUUAUUUAUUUUUUUUCAAAUUUCUAAGUGUUAGCCUCAAAUUUAUCUUUAUACAUGUACCUGACUUACUUUUAUAAAUUCACAACUGAAGUAACGAAACCCGAACAUGCUAAAACGGAACCGGUCUCAGGCUAAAUUAAUCCCUACAAAUGUACUUAAAACAAUAAUGCAUACUAAGUCUAGUAAUCCGUACUUGUACAGUACAACAUUAUCUGUCAUUCUUAUCUAAACUUUGUCUGAAAUGUUUUUUUCAUAAAAUUUCCAUUUCUUUGAAUGAGUUUGAA